AUGUUGUUGGGUUCACCCCUUGCCCACCUCUCCUUGUUUGCUUCCAAGGGCACCGACUUCUACAUGACGAGUUUCAACGCCCAGGCUUUGAUAGACGAGUGGAACAACGGCAUGAAUCUCGUCGACAUCCUGAAGAUAUUACUGCCACAGGCCUGGGGCCCUCUCGUGGGCAACCCGACGAACACGUACUGCCUGGAUACGUCGGACAGGAAGCACCUUAUCGCUGCGGAGCGGCUGGCCAUGAUCAACCACGCGGAAAAGGGCCACGGAAUCUCGGGAGCGACGGGAAGGCAUGACACAAGCCAGAGGGGCUACUGGAACAUCUUCCGCAACGAAACCUUUAACGGCCUUCCGUUUGCCGGUCGAGGAAUGGAGGGGCGCUGGUUCGUGAACAACCCUUUCAAGGGAAAGGUGCGACUGGACUACGUCUCAACGACUCGCCCCUUCCCGGGAACCAGGCCUCUCAGCGACCGCCGGUUCAGCCAGGCAAGAAAGAUCGCGAUUUUGGCCUUCCACGCCGAGUAUCAAGUUUCGAGCAAAUCCGAGCGAAGACGAGCGUGGGCCAUCGUCGAACUUGGCUACCCUCUUGUGCCCGACGAAGACGUGGAAAUCGGUCCUCGCGGUUCGGUACUAUCGGGAGAAAGCAAAGGAAAUGAGGGCGGCGACAAGGCAGGUUCUACCCCCGGCGAUGAACUCCCGCCAGACCCCAAGCGUGAAGAUCCGCCUAAUGAAGAGGUGGACGGCGAUGGCGGGAACCAAAAGCAAAACGAGCUACAUGACGAUCUAGGUGACGUCGACGGGGCUGGCACCCGGAUCCGGAAUGAGCCCCCCGACUUGACGGAGUCGAAGCCUAGCUUCGGUGACAAGCAAAAACCGCUGUAUCACAUGCCGCUCAAGUGGCGAAAGGUCAUCGGCAAACCUCAGGUGCUUCAUCACUGGCUCACGGCGAAGCAGGUCGGCCUCGGAAUUGCAACCACGUGCAUGUCCCUUUCUACUGUAUUCACAUCCAUCUUGGAUGAAUAUGGUGACUCGUUCGCUGCCCUGCAGAUUUUGUUCGACAAGCGGGUUUCAAGGAGCGGUCCCAUGGCUCCCGCUGAGUCCGACGAGUUUCUGUGGAGGAUAGGCCCCCUGAACGUUUACAAUCCCAAGAAGCCCGACCGCACCUACGACUUAGACCUCGCGCAUCGAGACGAUCGGGAGGUGUGCAAGUAUAGACCGGCGUUGCGUGGCGUUGCUCAUUCCCACUAUUAUGUGUUCCCUGGCCGGACCGAUGCCAAUACCAAGCAGGUAUUGGCUAGACUAGCGGUGGGUGAGCCCGGCGAAAAUUGGGUCAACGAGGAGUACAGCUGGUCCUACGCGCAAAGGUGA